UUGUAUUCAUAUCUUCUCAAUAGUUCUGUUGUAAUCCAGUUUUUCUUCGUGCAUACCGAAUGCUUAAGAGCCUUAUUCCAGGUGAUCUGUUCGCUUAAACCCUAUUUUAUCCAGGUUCAAAACGUGGCAAUCUGUACAGCAGAAUGCAAUUACGCCUCGACACCUCUAUCGCCUUGUCCGGACUCCCUUUCGGCUUGCGAGCCCAGCCAACCCACAUCAAGUUCUUCAUCUCAGCAACAAUCAGUAUCCCAAGCGGCAAUUUUAUUAUCCCCCUCUCCUGUCCGCUUGGUGACUGGCAUGAGCUUAACGAAUGACGUCGACUCUGACGCGUCGCCUCCCCCAGCAAAGUUUAGGGGAACUGAGGGCCCAAUAGUAGACCAGAAUCGCCCGCUUUCGGGACAACAGCCAAUCACAAUCAAGUCAAGUUGCUGUGGCCCACCUUCGGCCAUUAAAAGUCAAUUCUGUCCACUCGGUUCUGAGGCACACUUGACCUCCGAGACGGAACAGCCAAACGGCUUAUCAUCACUCGUCGCCAAGCCCGUGUCAUUAGUGGCCUAUCAGUUGAGGACCCAGCAGCCGCUAAAGCCGAGUGGGAGUUAG